CUAAGGCAAUGCCUACACACGGAGCUCUUCCCCGCCUUUGAAUCGCGCCAUUAUUUCGAACAGUCAUUGCCUGUACAACCAGCAUGACCCACAUUUUACGUGAUAACAGCCGCGGAACCAAUGGAAUCGUCGAAAUUCGCUCGCCGGUACUCUCAGUCCUGUACACCUGGCGUGCCUGUCAGAAAGAGAGGCGUGAUGAUUUGUAUCGUUGGUGCCUGACAGGCAUCUAUCCUUACUGAGAUAAGCGAACGGAAACGGUUAUCUUUGCAGGAGAUAGAUUGGGUCUACUCAAGGUUACACUCCUUCUCUUUGACUAGAUUCGGAAGUACUCGCAAUCACUCACAGCCCAUCCUUCACUGUGAUCGACAUCUUGAUUCCUUCGCUGCUCUUCCAAACUUGUGCAGCCAUGCCCUCUGAUUCUUUCAAGGACUACUAUGCUGAUCUCGGGCUCGAACUUGGGGCUUCGGCUGGAGCCAUUAGGAAGGCGUUCCAGGAUCUUGCUAAGAAACACCAUCCAGACAAAUCAGGUAUAGCAGACGCCACGGUCUUCCGCCGCGUCCGCGAAGCUUUUGAGAAGCUUUCAGAUCCAGAGUAUCGUGCUCAAUACGAUCGCUCCUACUGGCGCAGGAAGUUUCAGACCGACGACAUUCCGACUGAGGAAGAGAACCGCAGUGCAGGCGAAGAAAACUUUGGUGACACACGUAAUACAAGUCAUGGCGCUGAGACUCAAGAAGCCCGUAGCGCAAGUCCACCGCCUGUCAAGCCGCAACGCAAGCCCAACGAGCCAAGUUGGCAGUACUUCUUGGGCAAGGCCUAUACCACAUGGCAGAAGGAGGAGGCCGCUUACCGUGUGAGACACCCUGAAGUGUACGAGAGUCCGCUCAGCAGUGACCCACCUACUCCCAAGCCUGGAGGUAUGGCACAUGGCAUGGUCGUUCUGAUGUCUCACCCCUGCGUCCAACAGAGCUGCAUCUACAAGAGCACAGCGUGGCGCCUUCAGACCGGCGGCGGAGACCAUUGCGUAUUCUGCAUGGCCGUUCACACCGGGGGUAGGAGAUGUCCUGGCUGUGAGGUGCUGGCAUGUAAGGUUUGUCUCGAGAAGGUUCGCGCAUUGGAACGGAGCCCUUUUGAAGGAUUGAGAUCGAAGGCGCAGUACUGCUCGUCCGGUGGUUGAAGUGGAAGGUGGGCUCGUAUGCAAGAUGGGUCGUGAUGGCAAUCUUUAAGGGAAUGUCAGAUAGGAUUAGAGAUAGCAAGAUGUGC